GAAAAAGACAUGGAUGGAAAGACAGCUCUGCAUAGAGCUGCUUUUGAUGGCAAAGUGAAGGAAGUUAAAAACCUCAUCGUUGAAGGAGCUGACCCCAAUAUUGGAAAUAAAUUUAAUGAGACAGCUCUGCAUUAUGCUGCUAAGAAUGGUCACAAGGACGUCACUGAAGUUCUCAGCCGUAAAGCAAACGAUCUUAAUAUUAAGAAUGAUUUUAAUAAGACAUCUCUUCAUUUGGCAACUAUGAAUGGUCACGGAGGUGUCGCUGAUGUGCUUCUCAAGAAUGGAGCUAACGCUGAUAUUGGAGACGAUUUGAAUAGCACAGCUCUUCAUAUAGCUGCAUCCGGUGGUCACAAAAAUGUCGCCGAGGUUCUCCUCAACAAAGGCGCUAAUAUGGAUAUCAUGAAUCAUUUUAAUAAUACACCUCUUUAUUAUGCUGCUCGACAUGGUUACAAAAAUGUUGCUAAACUUCUCAUCAAAAAAGGAGCCAAAGUUGAUAUUAGAAAUAUUUGGAAUCAAACACCUCGUCAGUUAGCUGUUGAGAAUGAUCACAAUGAUGUCGCUAGACUCUUUAUCGGUAAAGGAAACCGAAUUAAUAUUGAAGAACUAUUGGAAUAGAUUCAAUAUGCUGCCAACAAUAGUAAUGUUGAAUAUUUUACUUUU